AGGAGGAGGAGCGGCGGAGCGGCCAGUGCUGAGAGGAGAGUCGGUCCAGACGCAGAGCGCAGCGCAGCAGCGUGCCGGAUAACAUGAUUAGCGCUCCCUCAGCCCUGCGAGGGAGACGCCACGGGACGCAGCACAGGGACCGCGCUGCAGCGGGAGAGCGAGAGCAAUGAGAGCCGAGUCCACACCGCAGGCACCACAUGGACGGGCAGGGUUUUCUUUGGCUGCUAUCGAUACGCGUAAAGAAGUGAGCCCACCGACGGUCCGGCACGCGAGGGGUAGUGACGCUCCUUACUGACAUAGAUGAACUUACAUCAAUAACAGGAACUGCGACGAGGGGAAAGAGCGCACAAUGAGAGGAAAACAUCCGCGCACGCUACAUAAGGUUGAUUGUGUUCACCUCGUCGGUCUUACCACGACACAGUAACCCUGUCUUCUGAAGUGGAGACUGGCUAACCUCACGUGAACUCAGACAGGACCUUGGCCAAUCUGCUCCAAUGGGGUGUGACAAUGAGACCAAUGAGACUCUCCCUGUAAGAGCCCCCUACAGCGUCCACAUCUCCCUGCCACUCACGGUCCUGGUGGGGAUCCUGAUCCUUUUAACAGUAUUUGGUAAUAUCCUGGUGGUCAUAGCUGUGUUUACAAGUCGGGCUCUGAAAGCCCCUCAGAACUUGUUUCUGGUUUCCCUGGCAUCGGCAGAUGUUUUGGUUGCCACCCUGGUGAUGCCGUUCUCCUUAGCCAAUGAACUGAUGGGAUACUGGUACUUUGGCAAGGUAUGGUGUGAGAUUUACCUCGCGCUUGAUGUGCUUUUCUGCACCGCCUCUAUCGCCCACCUGUGCGCCAUCAGCCUGGACCGCUACUGGUCCAUCACGCAGGCCAUCGAGUACAACUUAAAGCGGACGCCGCGCCGGAUCAAGUGCAUCAUUUUCAUAGUGUGGGUCAUUGCAGCAGUCAUCUCUUUCCCGCCCCUGAUCACCAUGGAGAAAGAGAGCGACAAAGAGGAGGGCCCUGUGUGCAAAAUCAAUGACGACAAGUGGUACAUCAUCUCCUCUUGCAUCGGCUCCUUCUUCUUACCUUGCAUCAUCAUGGUGCUGGUUUAUGUGCGGAUCUACCAGAUCGCCAAGAGGAGGACACGAGCGCCUCCCGGGGACAGGAAGAAGAGGGACACACCAAUGAAGGGCACCGGCGCCACAGCUGCAGUGGCAGACCAGAAGAGGAAUUGUCUCGGGAAGGUCAGGGGUCAGGGUGAGGACAACCUCUGCCACGAAAAGCUCAAUGGCGGAGGAGACAUGGAGCUGGAGGAGGGAGCUGAAGAAGAGGGAGCGGUGGACGAGGAGGAGAAGGGGGAGGUCAACGGGGUGGACAUCGAGGAGUCGUCGUCCUCUGACCACAAAGUGAACAAUCCCUGCUCAAUCAAAAAGAAGGCCAAAGGAAAAACCAAGCUGAGCCAGAUCAAACCCAAGGACGGCCACCUCCCCGAGCAGGCCCAGAGCACCAAGGGCAGCCGCUGGAAGGGACGGCAGAACAGGGAGAAACGGUUCACCUUCGUCCUGGCCGUGGUCAUCGGGGUUUUUGUCAUCUGCUGGUUUCCCUUUUUCUUCACGUACACCCUGACGGCCCUCUGCGAGUCCUGCUCGGUCCCAAGCACCCUGUUCAAGUUCUUCUUCUGGUUCGGCUACUGCAACAGUGCCUUGAAUCCCAUCAUCUACACCAUUUUUAACAACGACUUCCGAAGGUCUUUCAAAAAGAUCCUGUGCAGGCGGGAAAACAGAAGACUGCUUCAACAGAAAUACUGCGUUCAGAAAUGACAGCACGUGUACAACAGCAUACAGCCACAAUGAAACCUUGUUUGCUUUUUUAAUUUGUAUUCUGAUGUGUUUCACACUUGAUAUGGUUGAAAACGUGCCUCGAUGGGGCCAUCUAUAAUAUAUAAGUUUUACUCGUUGUGCAAAAUAAUAUGUGUGGAUAUUUUAUCUCUAUUUUCAUUGCCAAAAGCUGCAGUAGUGUGAUGUUGUGUGUAACAAGACGACGAAGGGGAAGGUUAACGUGUGCAGGAAGGAUGUAAAGAAUAAAACCAGUUUCCAGCGACCAUGGAAAUCCGUCCGUCAGCUUCACAGCCAGUCAUCAGUGGGUUAAUGACGUCACACUGUGUAUACAGCCCUGUGGACGCCUAGCUGCACUUGUACAGACACACACACCCACCCAGUGUGGGACGGCUGGAUGCACCACACUGACAGCUGUCAAUCAUGUACACCAUAAUGCUACAACUCAUCUAAAAGUGUGUGUGUGUGUGGGUGUGUGUGUGUGUGUGUGUGUGGGUGUGUGUGGGUGGGUUGGGCAAAAGGCUCAUUGAGAUUCAUAGAUGGAAUGUGAUUGAAUGCAGCACAAACUCCUUCCGUCUUCUUCGUUGGUAGGAGGAAGAGAGCAGAGAAGAAGUAGUUCGCUGGCCGGGUGAACUGACCUUUGCAUGGCUUUGCAGGGAGCACGGCUCUUAAUGGACAUGAAUUAAAUACGUUGUAAUUGUGAGCCAGGAGCACCUUUUGUCGCUGCAGACUUUUAAGGGUGUACAGAUUAAAUGUGUUUGUGGUUCGACAAAAAUC